AUGGAGAGUGGAAACCAUUCCAACAAUGGAAGUAGUCCACGUAGACUCCACCGAGCAAUUGACACAACAGCUCCAAAUGCUGUUAAUAAUCAAGGGGCAAGAGUAACGGUACUCGACAACAUUCAUUUGUCCGAUAAUGCUGUUGACUUUCUGAGCCUUGGACCAUCAUUUUCAAUUUCACAUCGAAUCGAUGGGUCAACAUUCCGUAAAGUCACAGUAGGCCUCCACAAGCUUCGGGACCAGCUUCGAAUCAGAACUAGGAAUGAAAGUAACCAUCAGCACACUGCACCUAUAAGCAGAAGAGCGUUACCCCCAACACCAUUUCCGCGCAACUUUUAUAAAGAACCUGAACCAGCUCGCGAAACAGACACAAAAUUUAGAAUUCUAUUAUCUGGGGUGUUGUCCGCUUAUAACCAUCAUAGACGACUCACCCUUAACAAUCUUACGCGCGAGCAAUGGCAGGGUUUGAAGGAAAUCCGCGAAAUGACUACAAGAGGGGACAUACGCCUUUCAGUAAGCGAUAAGGGUGGGGAAUUCGUAGUCAUGUCACAGGCUCUUGAUCGGGAAACAACAAAUCUUCACUUGCAAGAUGAAACGAUCUAUCGCCGCGUAACAGAGAAAGAAUUCCUUGUGCAGUGCAAACGCUUGAAUCAUGUAUGGAUGACUAUUGGAAAAUCUGCUGGCCUUGACGAACGAUUUGUUAGCCGCCUAAACUUGACAAACCGACCUGCCUGUGUUCUACAGCCUCAUCAAAACGCAUAA